AAAUGAAUAAGUUCCGUUUUGGACAUUCCGUUCAGAAUGACAGUUUGUGCUGUUGAGACUAGUCAUAGAGAUGAUAAUUUAACCCAAGGGAGUUGUUGAAAUAACUACAUGAAAGAGCUCAUGGAGAGAGAAGGUCCAGGACAGAGUGUUUGGGAAUAACCAUAGUUAAAGGGUAAUUAUAAGUCAUGUCCCAGCAAAGGAGACUGAGGUGGAGUUGUGACACAGAGUUACAACCUUCUAAAAACAUUAAUUAUGUACAACUAGAAAAAUUGUGUGAAAUCGAAGGACUUAAAGCUGGAAUAGGUGCUCAGAGCACUAAAGAAGCCCAUGAAACCUUCAUGAAACAUUAUAAAAAAAUAUUUCAGAAAGAAAAGAGAAUCUUACCCUACAUUCCAACAGCUCCAACAGGCAAAAUAUCACCCCUCAUCAGUUCUUCAUUUGGUUCCAUGGUUGAUGAACUUCACAAUAUUAGCCUUUAUAUUAGAAACGUUCAUGGACAUACAGAUAUAGAGCUUGCACUGAAGUUCAAGGACAAGAUGGAAGAAUUCAUUGAAAUCUUGAAGAAAUUCCCUAUUCACAGGAAUGUUGCAGAACGUCACUUUGUUUAUAAGAUGAUGAAAACUAUGCCUGAUUUAAUUUCCCAACUGACACAUGAAGAUUUCAAGGCACUUAGUCGAAAUAUCACUGUUGAAACCUGGCUUAAAGGCACCACGGUACUUGCCAAUGAAAGUUUUUAUGUCAUAUUGAAAGGCACUGUCCGACCACGGUGCAAAAUAUACAAAAAAAUGAUUGAAGCAGUACCUACAAAUUUUUUCAGUGAUAUAACCACGGAACUAUCAUCUGAAGACGAGUUUUUCCAGGAGAGUCCACUGACAGGAUAUCGUUCUCUUAUCAAUCCGCACUACAUAAUACUUGGUCCCUGGAGUGGCUUUGGCACACUGACAGAGUUGCCUGAACCUAAGAUUGGUUCAAAUUUGUAUUCUCUUGUCAUGGAAGAUGAUUGUGAACUUCUUAAAAUCAAUGCAAAGGAGUAUGCCAGGGUUAAAGAGGAACAAGCUAAAACAGAAAAACUUGUAAGGGAAGAGUUAAUCCAUAAGUGCCCCUAUUAUCGAAAUUGGCCUAAGCUUUCUGUAGAUGAGUUAACUGUCCACAUUAAAUGGAAGCGGUACCCUCCAGGACAUGUGUUGGUGACAGAUGGAGAGAUCAUUUCAUUUGUGGCUUACAUCCAAUCUGGAUUUUGUAAUGUUUAUAGAGAAGUUAUUGGACUUGUAAAAUAUGGAGUUAGGAAAACGAAAAAAAAGCGUAGGCGUGUUUUUAUGGGGAAACUUCAGGAGAAGGAAUCCUUUGGUGAGAUCAGCGUGCUGCUUCAAAUACCUUUCACAUGCACAAUCAUUACUGGAUCUGAAGUUGAAAUGGGAAUCAUCAAUGCUGAGGAUAUGCUAGAAUUAGAUUGGGUGACCCGGAAACUGGUGCUUCAAACAGCUGAGCAAACUUUUGGCUAUCUCACAGAUGAGGAUGUCCAAAAGGAAUACAUGACACUACAACAACGUAAGGAAUGGAAAAAUUUCAAGGAUAAGGUGAUCCAGUCAUCUUUGGAUUACCGAGGAAUUAAACCGGGAAGUGGAAAAUGGCGCCAUCGUUGGACAAGAAGAGAGAACUUUAAGAAAUCAGUUGCUGAUAACUAAUUAUUAAUUAAGAAACAUCAGUUCCUGAGAAACUUGGAAUUUCCAUUGUGGUUUAUGAGAUACUUGAUUCUUCUCUGUCUUUCUCUUGGUCCUUUUUCAUUCCCUAUCAAAAUCAACCCUUUCCCUCCCUAUCUUCCUGCAAACCUCUUUUAUUUAUAUUAGAUAAAUUUAGGCUUCCAUUCCCUCAUACUUCCCACAUUCUAACCCUAUUACAUAUUUUAAUAUUCACAGGUAUAAAUGUAUUAAAAACAUUAAAAUAA